GCCCCGCGGCGCGGCCCGGGAAGGUGUGUGUCAGGGGAGGGGAGAAGCUGGGAGCGGCGUUCCCAGCAGCCCCCGCGAGCGACGUCGCUCGGGUCCUUUCCACGCCGUCGCGGCUGCAGUGGCCACCGCCCGGCCCGCGGACCGUGAGACGCUGGUUGCCCGCGGUGUGAGGGAAACUCGACGUGCGCCCCGCCGCCAGGAUGGAGGGUCCUUUGUCCGUGUUCGGGGACCGCAGCACUGGGGAGGCGAUCCGCUCCCAGAACGUCAUGGCUGCAGCUUCAAUUGCCAAUAUUGUGAAAAGUUCUCUUGGUCCAGUUGGCUUGGAUAAAAUGUUGGUGGAUGACAUUGGUGAUGUAACCAUUACUAAUGAUGGUGCAACCAUCCUGAAGCUACUGGAGGUAGAGCAUCCUGCAGCCAAAGUUCUCUGUGAGCUAGCGGAUCUGCAAGACAAAGAAGUGGGAGAUGGGACCACCUCCGUGGUUAUUAUUGCAGCAGAACUUCUAAAAAAUGCAGAUGAACUAGUCAAACAGAAAAUUCAUCCCACAUCAGUAAUUAGUGGCUAUCGACUUGCUUGCAAGGAAGCAGUGCGUUACAUCAGUGAAAAUCUGAUCAUUAACACCGAUGAGCUUGGAAAGGAUUGCCUGAUUAAUGCUGCUAAGACAUCGAUGUCUUCCAAAAUCAUUGGAAUAAAUGGUGAUUUCUUCGCUAACAUGGUGGUAGAUGCUGUGCUUGCUAUUAAAUACACAGAUGUCAGAGGCCAGCCUCGCUAUCCAGUGAAUUCCAUUAAUGUUCUGAAAGCCCAUGGGAGAAGUCAGAUGGAGAGUAUGCUCAUCAACGGCUAUGCUCUCAACUGUGUGGUGGGAUCCCAGGGUAUGCCCAAGAGAAUAGUUAAUGCAAAAAUUGCUUGCCUUGACUUCAGCCUGCAGAAAACAAAAAUGAAGCUUGGUGUACAAGUGGUUAUUACAGACCCUGAAAAACUGGACCAGAUUAGACAGAGAGAGUCCGACAUCACCAAGGAGCGAAUCCAGAAGAUCCUGGCAACUGGUGCCAACGUUAUCCUAACCACUGGUGGAAUUGACGACAUGUGUCUGAAGUAUUUUGUGGAGGCUGGUGCUAUGGCAGUUCGAAGAGUUUUAAAAAGGGACCUUAAACGCAUUGCUAAAGCUUCCGGAGGUAUGUCUCCUGCCAGCUGUCAUGUUCCUUUUACGUUGGAUGCUAACAAUAAGCAGAUCCAGAAAACUUCCUUAAUGUUUUGUGUACAAAUACAUGUUGUAAAAUAUUUUUUGUGCAUUUGUAACUGGGAAAGUUCUUCAAUGUUCUUCACCUCGAAGUGACAUAGUUCUCUUAUGAUAGGACGGUUCCUUGAGUC